AUGUUCUCUUACAUCACAUCAUUCUUCUUUUAUAUUGGUUUGAUCACCAUUGUAUCCUAUGCUAUCCCAUUGAUAUUGGCAGCAUACAAGUGGGGCCCACAGGACUUGAAGAAGAAGUACAAUGCCAAGUGGGCUUUGGUCAGUGGUGCCAGCUCUGGUAUCGGUAGAGCUGUUGCUACGAAGCUCGCUCAACAAGGCCUCAACGUUGUGUUGGUGGCACUUGACGACGAGGCACUGAAGGGCACACACCAGUCGCUCUCCACUCAGUUCCCCAACCAGCAGUUCCGCGCUGUCGGCGUCAACUUGGGCCGUGCCGACGAGACCUACGACUACAUGCCAAUCAUCGAGAAGGCCACCAAGGACAUCGAUGUCCAGAUCCUCAUCAACAACGCUGGAUACAUUCAAUUGUCCGCCUUCUUCCGUUCACCAAUUGCUAAGCAGCUCGCCAACCUCGAGUGCAACAUGAUGUCACACGUCAAGUUGACCCACUUCUUCCUGUCCAAGAUGGUGGAGAAGAAGCUCAAGGGUUGCAUCACAUUCACCAGCAGCCAGUCGGCCUUCUUCCCAGCACCAAGCUGCUCGACCUACGGAGGAGGCAAGGCUUUCCUCGCCGAGUUUGCCGCCUCGCUCGCCAUUGAGUGCCACAACUACGGCAUCGACGUGCUCUGCCUGAUGUCUGGCCCAAUCAUGACACAGUUCUACGACAAGGCACCAAAGCUCAGCGCAUUCAAGUUCUUCCACUCCAUUUCAGACACACCGGACACUGCCGCCGACAUCAUGUUGAAUGGAGUUGGACACAUCACCUGGAGAGACAGUUCAUUGUUCACCAUGGCCUCGCGUCUCGUCGUCAAGGUCAUCGACAUGAACCUCCUCAUCGCCGGUAUUGCCCGUGGCCAAGGUUUGUCCUCAGACUUUAAGAAUCAUCCAGAGUUACGUUAA